GAAAUGUCAAAAUAUAAAACACAAUUGCAUAAACAACUCCAAUGGCUUUACAAAAAUUAAAUAUUGUUUCUAAAACAUUUUCAAAUGUGAACGGAAGGCUGUUUUCACUUUCAACAACAGUAGCAAAAACUUUUCGUGAAAAAUAUCGUGAUUUUUGGACACCAAAACCAAGAUUUGUGCCACCUUAUGAACAUUUCACACAAGUGGGUGAUCCAGUGCUGCGUACUGAAGCAGCGCUAGUGCCACAGGAAUUAGUAGACAGCAAAGAAGUAAGACUUGUUACAGAUCGCAUGAUUAAAAUAUUACAUAAAUAUGAUUGUGUGGGCGUGGCUGCUCCACAAGUUGGUGUUUCGCUACGCAUAAUAGCCUUGGAAUUUCAUGAAGGGAAAAAGGAACAAUUCUCAGAAGCUGUGUAUAAAGCACGUAAAAUGUCAACAUUUCCAUUAACUGUUGUAAUAAAUCCAGUUUUGAAAGUGACAGAUUAUUCUCUGCAUAAACACCCUGAAGGUUGCAUGAGCGUACGUGGUUUCACUGCCGAAGUAGAACGUUACGAUAGUGUGCUACUUACUGGUUUAGAUCGAAAAGGUGCACCACUGGAGUUAAAAUUGAACGGUUGGAAUGCACGUAUUGCACAACAUGAAAUGGAUCAUCUGAAUGGCAAAUUAUACAUUGAUACAAUGGAUCGUGCCACAUUUGCGUGUACCUGCUGGCAAGUUAUUAACAAUAAGGGCGGACGUGUUGAGAUACCUUUUUAUAAAUAAUAAGUCGACACUUAGAUUGUAUAUGUUGUACAUACAAGAAAAGAUAGCUGAACGCUUAGCCAAUUUUGGUUUUGUUAAUUAAGUUUGUUGAAAAUUAAUGUAAUUUUUUCAUUAAAUAUAUAAAAAAAUACUAAAUAAAGCAAUAUAAAUUAAAUGUAUAUAAUUCGAUAAAGUAACUAGUUAAUGUACAUACUUCAAAAAACAUAUUUUAAACAUGUGAUCAUUGUAUAUAAUACUUGACAUAUAUAAAUUCAGCUUAAUUUAUAUUAAUUUAGAUAUGAGAAGCAAAAUAU